AUGAGAAAAGGAGAAAAGACACGGGGGUGCUUGGUGGGCACUUACGCUUCGAGGAGGGCAACAACACAAGGUUUAAGGAAGGGUUUACUCAUCGUCUUCUUCAACCUCAUUUCCACUCCUUAUCCACCCACUCACUCCACCUCACACCGGAAGCAGCAAAUAUCGAAGAAGGCAACCCUGGCUUCAUCAGCAAUCUUUUCCCCAAGCCCUAGAGCUGACCUUCAGUCUCCAUGGUCAACCAAAAAUGUCAAACCAAGAAACCCGCAAAAACCAACUGGCCAUCUUCCCACCCUUCAACUCUUCAAAAACCAAUCUCAAAAUCCAUUAAUUUAUUCAUCCUCUUUUCCACACAACCUCAAAUUACCCUCUCUAAAAGACCCAAUUUCUUCCACCCAUUCUCACCCACUGCCUGACUCCGUCGAUGAAAACUUCACCAAGAGUCUUGAAAAUCUUGCAACUCUAGAGCGAAUCACACAUGGUUUAAAUUCGGUAUCUAAUUCGGAGAUUAAGCAGAAAAGGGUUUUCAUUCAAGAACCACCUUGGAUUACUUCGCUGCUGAUGAAGAAUUUCUAUAGGAGCAGUGUCAAGAAGAGGGUUAAAGUGGAAAUUGAGAAGAGAAAUUAUUAUUUGUUGAGGAGGAGACAGAUAAAAGCAGAGACAGAGGCUUGGGAGAAGAUGACUGAAGAAUAUAGGGAGUUUCAAAGAGAAAUGUGUGAGAAGAAAUUGGCACCUAACUUGCCUUACGUCAAGUCAUUGUUUGCUGGUUGGUUUGAGCCAUUGAGUAAAGCAAUUGAGAAGGAGCAGAAGUCCCCCAACACUAAGAAGCAUCAGGAGGCAUAUGCCCCUUAUAUUGAUUCCUUGCCGGCUGAUAAAAUGGCCAUUAUUGUGAUGCAUAAGAUGAUGGGGCUAUUGAUGAUGGGUCAUGAAUAUAGAUAUGUUCGGGUGGUUCAAGCUGCUAUUCAGAUUGGAAUGGCAGUUGAAUUGGAGGUUAGAAUUCAGACUUUCUUGGAGAAAACCAAGAAUAGCUCAAAAAAGAAGGUUUUAAUUCAAGCUCAACCAGAUGUAACCAAAGAAAAUGAGAUGCUCCGGAAACGUGUUAAAACUUUGAUCAAGAGGAAAAGAAUAAUGGAGGUCCAAAAGAUUUUGAGAAACGAAGAAUACCAACCUUGGGGCAGAGAUAAGCAAGCCAAGCUGGGAUGCCGUCUUAUUGAGUUAUUAACAGAAAUAGCUUAUGUUCAAUCUCCAGCUAGUCAGUCAGCUGACACUCCACCUGAUAUCCGACCAGCAUUUCGACAUAUCUUCAAGAUUGUAGCAAUGGAAUCAGGUCAUGUCAGAAAGUGCGGAGUUAUUGAAUGCGAUAAAAUGAUCCUCACUGGACUUGAAAGAACUGCUCGACACAUGAUAAUCCCUUACGUACCUAUGUUGGUGCCUCCAAGAAAGUGGAAAGGGUAUGACUGUGGGGGGCACUUCUUUUUACCUUCAUAUCUCAUGCGUACUCAUGGAUCAAGGCAGCAACAAGAUGCUGUUAAGAAUGCUCCAACUACGCAAAUGCAGAAAAUCUACGAGGCAUUGGAUACACUUGGAAACACCAAAUGGAGAGUGAAUAAAAGACUACUUCAUGUAGUUGAGAGCAUCUGGGCUGCAGGUGGCGAUAUCGCUGGUCUUGUUAAUCGUGAAGAUGUUUCCAUUCCUGAUUUGAAUUCCGAGGACUCAAGUGAAAUAAGAGAAUGGAGAUGGAGUGUGCGAAAAGCAAAGAAAAUGAACCAAGAACUACAUUCUCAACGAUGUGACAUAGAACUAAAGCUUUCGGUAGCACGGAGGAUGAAAGACGAGGAAGGAUUCUACUAUCCUCACAACCUUGACUUCCGUGGCCGUGCUUAUCCUAUGCACCCUCAUUUAAAUCAUCUGAGUUCUGAUCUAUGUAGAGGAAUUCUUGAGUUUGCUGAAGGGAGGCCAUUAGGGAAGUCCGGGUUACGAUGGUUGAGAAUACAUUUGGCAAAUCUUUACGGUGCUGGAGUUGAGAAACUAUCAUACGAUGGUCGACUAGAAUUUGUGGAAAGUCAUCUUAAUGAUAUCAUAGACUCGGCAGAUAAUCCUCUUGGUGGAAAUCGAUGGUGGCUAACAGCUGAGGACCCUUUUCAGUGUUUAGCAGCUUGUAUCAAUUUGUCAGAAACCCUUAAAAGCUCGUCACCUUGUACUGUCAUUUCACAUCUGCCAGUUCAUCAGGAUGGUUCAUGCAAUGGCCUGCAGCACUAUGCUGCAUUGGGAAGAGACACUUUAGAAGCUGCUGCAGUGAACUUGGUUGCUGGAGAGAAACCGUCUGAUGUUUACUCGGAGAUUGCGGCAAGGGUUCAUGACAUCAUGCAAAGGGACAGUGAAAAGGAUUCAACAAGUUACCCUAACGCUUUGCUAGCCAAAAUCCUAAUAGGCCAGGUGAAUCGAAAGCUAGUGAAACAAACCGUAAUGACUUCAGUUUACGGCGUUACAUUCAUUGGGGCACGAGAACAAAUCAAAAGAAGAUUACUGGAGAAGGGUCAUAUUACUGAUGAUCAACUGCUGUUUAGUGCAUCUUGUUAUGCUGCUAGAGUCACAUUGGAAGCCCUCGGGGAGAUAUUUGAAGCUGCACGUGGUACCAUGUGUUGGCUUGGUGAUUGUGCAAAGGUGAUUGCUUCAGAAAAUCAGCCUGUGCGGUGGACAACCCCUCUAGGCCUUCCGGUCGUGCAACCCUAUUUCAAAACCAAACGUCAUAUCAUAAAAACGUCUCUUCAGGUCUUGGCCUUGCAACGGGAGGGUAGCACGGUCGAGGUUAAAAAGCAGAGGACGGCAUUUCCUCCAAACUUUGUGCACUCACUUGAUGGUACACACAUGAUGAUGACCGCCAUUGCUUGCAGGGAUGCUGGAUUGCGUUUUGCAGGGGUUCAUGAUUCCUUCUGGACACAUGCAUGUGAUAUCGACAAAAUGAACCAAAUACUGCGAGAAAAAUUUGUAGAGCUCUAUAGCAUCCCGAUCCUUGAAAAACUGCUUGAAAGCUUUCAAACAACGUAUCCAGGGCUCGAGUUCCCUCCCCUACCAAAGAGAGGCGACUUUGACCUGAACGAAGUUCUGAAAUCGCCUUACUUUUUCAACUAAACGCUCAGAGUCUAUGCCGUUUUUUUACAAGGCAGCCAGCCCAGAAGCAUCAAAAUGUGGACCAGCAGUUAUUAUGUCUAAAGAAUCUGAGAUCCUAAGAUGGUCAAAGAUAUUGAUACGCGGGAUACAAGGUACAGAAUGUGAGGAUUUUUGGUAGCAGCAGUGUGUUUAAAGGGAGCAGGCUUGGAAUUUAUAGCGAAAAACAUGUACAUUUUUUUUUGGCAAAAGUGGAGGGGAGUUCUUGUGGUAUAGUUGAUCAUAACUGAAGUCGGGUGCAGUCAACGGUUGAAAUGGCGAUAUCAUGAGAUUCAAGUAGGUUCGCCGAAGACAUUCGUGGCGGUUGAGCCUAGUGCACCGGUGGGUUCGUUAGGUUUGUUUUUACGUAAAUGUAGUAUUAAUAAUGUAUAAUAUUUGGAGGAAAUUAAAUGGAUUCAAUCAAAUUUUUUUUUUACUGUAUAUGCUAGUG